AUGUCAGCCGAAAAUAGUGAACUAAUUUCUCGAAUCUUCAUCCUCUCAAAGCUAAAGAAGGAAUAUGACUUGAUACCCCAUAUUGAUGGUCCCGAUCAUAAGGAAAUUCUUGAAGUUGACCAUAGCUUUGCCCUUUGUGAUUGCCUUCCUCGCCAAAGUCUUUGGCUUUCCAUCUACCAAAGUUCGCUGAAAUCACAAGAUCCUCCCUCCAUUGCAAACCUUAAUGUCCUCCUUCUUUUCAUACCUUCUUGUACAACCCUUUGGCAUCGUAGAAAGGAACUUUUAUUGAACGGUCAAGCAACCCCUUCGGAUGAGCUUUCUUUUACCCGAUUAGUUCUUAAUCGUUUUCCAAGGGCAACAGAGCCACUCCAGCACAGGCACUGGAUUCUGGAACGUCUUUCUAACGAGGAGUUUGAGUCAUUGGCUCGCGAAGAAAUUGAUUUAUGCGAAGCCCUUGGAGACAAGCAUCGCUAACUAGAGCGUAUGAAUGCAUGGAAUUUGGCUCACCCAGUGGAUAUCAGCGGAUGGAGUUAUCGAUCACAUUUGUUUCGUUUAUAUCAAGAGUUGGGUGAUUCCAGUAAUUUGACAAGACUCUUACUCCACGAGAUGAAGCAAACACACUCAAAUAUCCAGGCGGUGCCAGAGAAUGAUGCAUUGUGGGAUUACAGACGGAAUUUAGUGGGUAUCUUUGCUGAUCUGGGGAAAGACAUGAAGGAGGUGGAAGAAUUUGAUGCUGAGGCUCAUGUGGAUCCAUGUCUACUCGAUCUGACCGAUAGACAACUCAAGGUGUACACACAAGUGCCUGAACCACGGAGGUAUUCUGGAUCUUGGACCUCUCUGCUUUACAAGCGCUACCUGAGGUGGAUAGCCCAAACUUUUAGCGAGUAG